AUGCAAAAGACAUGUCAGAAUUAUCGUGAUAUUGAAUGUACAAACAAGAUAUAUAAUGGGGAUAUUAAAAAAGAAAUGGAACAUUUUCAUAAAUUUGUUUAUUAUGAUAAUAAAAAUUCUUUUUUUUGUAGUGAAUAUUAUGAUCAUAUGAACGAUUUUUCAAAUGUGUCUAAUGAAUGUUUUGAUGCAAAACACUACUUUGGUGCAUUUCUAAAUUUUCCAAAUUUGUCUGCAUUUAGCCAUAUUUCCAAAUUACCAAAUUUUAAAAAAAUUAAAAGAAAACAUUUUUCGAAAAGAGAAAAAAGUGACAAAAGCCAAAACGAACUUUUUAAAAGAAUAAUAAAAAAACAUUUAGACUCAGUUGACCAAUACACACAUAAUCUUAGUACUCGUAGAAAAGUUGAGUUUACUAAUUUGCACAAAAAUGGUGAUAUAGGCAAGAAAUAUAAAAGAGGUGAAAAUUUCCUACCUGUAAAAUCUAAAAAUGUCUUGUGUAAAUAUUUUAAUAUAUUAGAUAUAAAUCCGAGGGAGGGGAAAAAUAAUAUAACGACACGAAAAUUCAAGGAACAUAACUCCACUGAUGUUAUGAAUCAUCAGAAUAAAAAGAAGAAAAAUCAAAUGAUAUUUCUACAAAGAUGUGAUAAAAUAUCAAGUGAUGAAAAAAGGAAAUUUCUAAAAAAAAUAAACUUGCAUUUUAGUAAUUGUAAAAGCAUUGGAAGAGACAUUUUUAUAUCCUUAAAUGAGCCGAAAAGGUUUAACAGGCUUUCCAUUUUUCGAAAAAAACAAAAUGAAUAUGAAGAAAAGGAGGGUGACGAUAAAUCAACAAAAUCGGAAGAUAUUCAAUCGUACACAAAUUUAACUCAAUAUAAAAAAAGGAUUCAAAUAGUGUCUUGUGACGAUAUAGAAUUUUACAAAAUAAUGCGAAAAAAGAUGAAAGAGAAAUACAAAAAUAAAAUAAACUGCUUAAAUACAAUCCGAUCAAAUAACAAAACUUGUUCAGAUUUUAAGAUGAAAAAAUUACAGCGUCGAAAUGCUAGACCUAAUGAAUACUUUGCUAAAAAGUUGGAAAACGGGAGAAACUAUCAAAGUGAAACAAUAUGUGAUUGUAAUGACAGUGACGCUCAAGCGAUAAAUGAAAAGUGUAAAUGUGAAAUGAUAGGCAGGCUCCCUUUAUCCCAGGGUACCACCAACGUAACCAAUCUUACAAACGAAAAAAAUGACAAAAUUGAAAAAAAUAUUUUCAAACGGUUUUCUCCUAAAUGUGCACAAUCAGGAGGAACAGGAAAUAAUGGUACUCAAAAUAAAAACCAUCAACCCGUUGCUAAUUUAAGUAAGGUCAAAUAUAAUAUCCCCUACAAAGGAUACACACUUUUGAAUUACCAAAAUGGACAUGUACACGAUUGCUGUAUGAAUAAGAAAGAGGGAACAAUAAAACCACAGCAUAUUAUUACUAUUAGAAAAGGAGGAUAUACUAAAUGGAAUUUUUCUAGUGAUGGAGAAGCAAAUAAUCCAGAGUGCAAUAUAAAUUUGGAACCCCUUCGAUUUAUUACUUCUGAUGAUUUUGGUAAAUUUUUUAAAAACGAAGAGAAACAUAUCACCGCUUGCAAAAGGGAUAACCAAGCAGAUGAUAUAUCUGAGAAAAAAGAAAAGAGCAGUACUAGCACUCAUAGAAAUAGUAUCAGUACAUGUAAUACAAAUCCAGAAGGAAUGAAAAGAUUACAAAAAAUUCAUAAUAAUGUGAAGGGAGAGAAACCUGAGAUGUGGCAUAGAAGAACCCAAAUUUGCAACAAUAAAAGUGACGAUUUGAACAAGGUAAAACGGAUGGAAAAUGAGAAUAUAGGAAAAAACAUCUCUCAUGAAAUGGACAAUUGGAAGAAUACAUUUUUCUCUUCUAUAGAGAUAGAGAAGACAUUCUUCAGUGACAAUGAUGUAACGUCUGAUAUAGUGGUAAAACAUAAUGAAAGAAACUAUGGAGAAAGGAAUAGGAAAAACGAUAUGUUCAUCUCAAAAUUAAAAAAGUGCAAUUCAGAAUAUUCUGAUUAUGCGAAAAAAAAGAAUUCGAAUGAUAAUACAUUUUAUACUACAAGUAGUACUACGUGCACAAGCACAUCUAAAUCUGAAAUUAGCCCUACUGAUGAUAUUUAUAACGAUAAUCAUAAGUACGGUUCGAUUUCAUCAGAAGAAUUCAAAAAAAUAUACGAUGAGUCAAAUGUAGAGAAAUUAAAUAAAUGUCAUAUGAAUGAUAACACAGAUGAAUGGUUCCAUUUCGAUAUGAUGAAUGUGGUACAGUCUGAGAAGAUUCAGGAAUAUGGAGAAAUGGGAAUAGUCUACCAAUCACAGUGUUGUAAAAAAAAUGAAAAUAGUCAUUCUAAGAGUUUAAAUGCAGAAACUGAUAAAGAAAAUAUAUAUAACGAAGAUAUGUCAUGUUGUGAUAACUCAGAUUGUGAAAAGGAGAGUAGAGCCAAACUAGGUGGUAAUCACAACAACAAUAUGUACAAUUUCACUAGUGGCAUAACCAUGAGAACUUCAGGUGAUAAUGAUAAGGUGGAGAGCUGCAAAUAUAACGCUCUAAUAUCACCUCAUAAGGGAUGUGCACAAUAUCCAAAACAAAUCCGUAUGACCAAAACACAUUUUCCACGCAACUGUAAUGAGUUUUUUUCUCUCGUACAUAGAUCAUUCAGUGAUGAUAUCAACAAAAUGAGGAAUUACAGAUACGAGAGAAAUUACCCCAUGGAAAAAAAAAAAACAACUAAUUAUUCUGACAAGAUAAAAUAUUCAUACAAAAUCCAAAAAAAAAGAAAAGAAAAAAAUAGAAAAGAAAUAAAUAGAAAAGAAGUAGAUCCCAUGGUUUUAGAAACUAUGCAAUGCAACAAUAAAAAAUUAGCACGAAAACCGAAAAUUUAUUGGUGCAAAAGAAGGCCAUUUUGGGAAAACAAAUAUGUUAAAGAGAAAAUGGAAAAGAAUAAGCAACAUGAAAUAUAUAUCUUAACAGAUAAAAAGUAUAAAGAAUAUGAAAACAAUUUAUGCAAAAAUUGGAAAGACAACUAUGAAAAUUCCCCAAAAGAAUUUUCAAUGAUGGACCAAAGAAAUCACAACUGUGUGAAAUAUAAAGAUGGUAAAAAAAAAGAACUAAAUAGAUUUUCUUCAAAUAAUGACAGCAUGUGUACAUCAGUAAGUAUACCUUUUCACAAACUGAUAUUCACAAAUGAAUCUCACAGAAAACGUGAAGAUCGAAUAAUACCCCUUAGUGGAAAUAUGCCAAAGAGGAGUUACACAACUUCCUUUCUACAUAAAAAAUUCAAUUUAAGCAGUAGGAAAUAUUCACCUAUUAAUACUGCCUCAUUAGUUGAUACAAAUAAAUACGACAACAUGAAGAUCAGAAGCUUUCCCUCCUUUAUGCAAUCGCAUGGGGAAUCUACCACCACGUUACUGUUUUCUACUGAUGAUAAUGUUAAAGGUUCAAAAUGUGUGAGUAAAUAUGGAAAAAAGCUCACAGUGAGCUGUUCAUCUGAUGAUCACUCGAGUCGGAACUAUAUAAAUGUUGAUUGUCAUUUGAAGGAAGAUUUUCCACACCCAUUUCUUGUGGAAAGGACUCCCCCGAUGGAGAAUGGGAACAGCAGAACUUGUAAUAGCAAAAAUGAAAUCAAUUGGAGCAGCAAAAAUGAAAGAAAGACAAACCUGAAUAGUAUUUAUACCGAAGGGUUGGUCGACAAAAAUGAGGUGACAAUUACGAACAGUGCAGAAACAACCAUUUGGAAAAAACAAAGUCAAGCAUAUCCUACACCGGAUGGUAGCACAUUACCAGAUGGAAACAAAAUAAUUAGAUGUGUAGUAUCACCUUAUCCUUUGUCUUCUCCUUUUCCUCCAACCACUAAUAAGUUCGUUUUAAGUGACAACAACCCAAAGAACACGGAACUUUUCAUGUUUUAUAAAAGUGAUACAAUAGAAAAUGAUAAUAACUGCGAAAAUAAUAGCACAUUAUUCACUUGUAUACAUAGAAUAAAUAAAAAUGAACAAAAAAAUACACAAAGAAGGGAAAAUUAUCUAAAAAGGGAUUGUAUUUAUAAGAAUAGUCCGCUUGUCAAGGAAGAAAAAAUAAAGUUUCCCAACUAUAUGAAUGGAAAAGAGAAGAUAAAUUACAAAUUUUCCAUUCAGAACAACUUGAUACAGGAUGAGGGGACUAAAAAUGUUUGCUACAAAAUAUAUAUAAAUAAUAACAAUCAUAAUGGUAGCAAUUGUGGCAAUAAUAAUAGUAGCAAUAGUGACAAUAAUAAUAGUAGCAAUAGUGACAAUAAUAAUAGUAGCAAUAGUGGCAAUAAUAACAAUAGCAAUAAUAAUAGAAAAAACAAUCGUUUCAUUAAUGUAGAAAAGAUUAACAUAAAAUAUGAACAUAUUUCAGAAAAUAAUUUAACGUGGAAUUGUUUUAACCAGGAAUUGUGUCAUGAUGACGGUACCUCUAAAUGGGCAGAAAAAAAAUCUACCAUAUCUGAACACACAAAUUUAAAAUCUUCAACUGAAAAUAAUAAUUGUGAUCACAAUGUGAAUUAUGAAAUAAGACACUUAGCAAUCACCGAACUGGGGUAUUACAGAAACCAAGUUAUUAAUUCUGUUGUCCCUCUAAGUUGUAAAACCAAUUUAAAAAAAAACCGAAAUAAAAUACACUCAAUUGAUCAUAAAGAACUUUGCAUUAAUGGAAACGGAAUUUUAAGUAAUUCCUAUAACAUUGUGAGAGAAUACUGCUCCUCAAGAAAGAGAUGUAUUUAUUUUCCAUAUCUCGACAAGAAUAAUAAGAGGAGGACACACUGGGAGGAUGAAAGAAUUGUAAACAGCCAAAAUGAAAAGUUAAAAAAUGGGAUCAAUGAAAAUAGAGGUAAUAAUGACUGUGGAAAAAACAGAUACAAGGAAUCCAUUUUUGAGAAUUACAUAAAACAGAAAAAGCUCAAUUUAUGUAACGAUUCUUCCAAUGAUAUCCGAUAUAUGGAAGAAAAAGAAGUUUUAAAAGAUCAGAAUAAUAGGAUUGACAACACUGGGGAUCACUUCAAUGCGGACGCUAAUUUGAUUACCUUGGAGAAGACAAUCAAUUUUGAAAUGGAAAAAAGAUCAUCUGGGAAAAUUAAAAUAUGUAGAACUCCCACUGUUAAUGAUUAUGUACAGAUUGAACAAAUGCCAACUAGCGAAUUUGAUGAAGGUAACAAAAUGAAAAAACUACCCUCAACAUGGGAUCAUAUAAAAAAUGAAAAAAAAAAUCAGAUAAUGAGGGAGAGCAAUGAAAUGGGUAGUACGACACAAGCAGAACAAAUCCAAGAUGAUGGUGCUACCAUUUAUAGGGAUAAUUUAUUAGUCAAUAAAAAUUCUGCACAAGUUAUAAAAAAAUGCAGUUCCAUUCCAGAUGGAAUAACUCAUGAGAAAUACUGGGAUACGAAUUUUUCAAAAAAUGUUGAAAUAAAAAAUACAACUUUUAGUGGAAAUUACAACAUAGAAGAGAAGCUAAAAUUAGAAGAGAAUAGGGAUAAUAUUACUAUAGACAAAGAAAUGCAGGUAAAUAACGAAAAUAACAAUUUUUUAAAAAGAAACAUGCAAAAGGGUAAUUUAACGAACAUGCUAUCUUUUACAAAGGAUUUUUUUAACGUAAAUUCGAAAUAUGAUAAGAAUAAUUUGGUUCCUACAAGCAGAGGAAAGAAGCUAGAAAUUUCCAAUCCUGCAGAAAAAACUGAAGAUUCUUGGAAAUUUUUGUACAAUUGUAAAUCGACAAAAAAUGUUGAUGAUAGACCUUCUUCUUCUAGUGUCGAAUUGCCUAACAUUUCUAGUAGAACAUCACCUACUAAUAAAAUAACAAAGAACGCGACAAAUGAACCCAUUACAAAAGAAUCGCAAACCAACUAUUUGAUAGAGUGGUAUCCAGGUUUUGAUAUUCCAAUAGGGACACAUGGAAGGUCAAUAUUACGAAAAGCGCUACAUCAAAAAAGGAUGACAAAUGUUAAAAUGUGUGAUGAGCUUUUAUCAUCAAAUAAUUUAUUUCCAACAUCUAGAUCAACUUUUGGUGAUAUGAAAAUAAAAGAUUUAUAUAGAGCUGCACAUAUUUUAGGUGUAUGGAAUGUUGCUGAAAAACAUUGUCUAUUGGCUUGUGAACGAAAUGGAUAUAAAAAAGAAUGGAUUUCCAUGUUGAAAAAAAGUGGCAUAAAAGUAACCAUCAAAGCUCUCAAGGAAAUGAGAAGUAGGUAUUUAAUGAAUACUAAAAAAAUUAAAAAUUCAAAUAAAAAGAAAAAAUUCCAAAAGGGUGAUAAUUUGGAGAAAAAGAACCAUUCUUGUGUUACCCUUUUAGACGAACCUAGCGUUAGUUGCAAUUUUCCAACUGAUCAAAAUGGUAAUCAAAUGUGCACUAUUUCUAUGAGUCCUGUAUCAAGUCCAAAUUGUAAAAGUGUAAAUCGUGCAUGUAAUAGUAUAGAUGAAGAAUACAGCUAUCACUGUAAUGUACUCCCUGAAAAGGUACAUAAUAAUAGAACCCGUUAUAAGACAAUUUCCAUGAUUCCACAGAACAAUGAAAACCAGAAACAACCUUUUAAUAAAACAAAUGAAUCUUUCCUGCAAAUGUAUACAAAAAAAGAACAAUGUGAAAUGAUCAGUAAUGUAAAUUAUCAAAAUGGUAGGACAGUAAAACCACAAUUUCUAAAAACUCAUAAUAUCUUAUCUAUUUCAGAAGUGAAUAAUGAGAAUGUUAUAAAUCCUAUAGGUAUAUCCAAUAAUUUAAACAUGCUAAAUAUAAAUAAUUCAGUAAAUAAAAUGCCCCUCUGUCAUCCCGUAAGGGAUAUUUUUUCUAACUCGAUUGAUCUAUCUUUAAACAAUGCAAUAACUAAUGAAAUAGACAUAAAAAAUGGCAUUAAUGUUAAAAAUGGCAUUAAUGCUAAAAAUGGCAUUAAUGUUAAAAAUGGAAUUAAUGCUAAAAAUGACAUUAAUGUUAAAAAUGGCAUUAAUGCUAAAAAUGAUAUUAAUAUUAAAAAUGACAUUAAUGCUAAAAAUGACAGUUGGGAGAAAAAAAAUUACCAGAUUUUUAAUAAAAAUUUGUUGAAUGGAACGGAAAAACUUAUUUUUCAAAAUCCUAACCAGCAUAGUAAUAUAUCAUUCACUGAUAAAGAACUCACCACCAGUAGAAUAAUUCACAUGGAAACUAAAAGGCUAUGCUAG